AAAUCUUUUCUAUGCUUCCAUCAUCAAAGCACCCUCCUUCGUGUUCCUAAAUUUUAAAAUGGUUGUUGGUGCUGCUUAAGCUUAACUGUAAAAGUGCACAUCCUCAUUCUUUUCUUACUGUAGUGUGAAUCAGUUAACAACUUACAUAAUAUAUUUAAGUACAUCAAGAAUAUUCAACAGAUACCAGUACCAAAAUGAAGAAGAGUAAGAAGAUCGUAGACAAAGAUAAACCUAAAAGACCCCAGACUGCCUUCAUGUUAUGGUUGAAUGAAAACAGAAAUAAAAUAAAGGCUAAAAAUCCUGAUAUGAAAGUUACCGAAAUAGCAAAGGAAGGAGGAAGGCAAUGGAGGGAGUUGGAGGAUAAAUCUAAAUGGGAGACAAAAGCUAAAGAAUACAAAAGGUUAUAUGAAGAAGCUAUGCAAGCCUACAAAGCAAAGCAAGACGUAGAUUAAGGAUUUCAAGAUUAUGUUUAGAUAUAAUUUUUUGUACUGUGUGUAUUAAAUAUGUUGAAAGUGAAUAAAUAAAAGUUAUAAGAAUAGAAAUAAAUCUUUUUGCCAAA